UGAACUGUGAAGGAGUGACUCUGGAGAAGCGGAUGUGAAGGAGAGCUGUGGGAAAGCUGACCUACUUUCACUUUGACAGAAUCGCUGGGUGGACACGGUUGUAACAAAGGAUUUACUUCACAUAACUGGAGAUGACUGCUUCCAAAUAUGCCAUGCCUACUGGUUUUGGAGGUUGAAGAUAUUUCUGAGAGUCUUUUGGCUACAUUCUGUGUUACAAUUCAUUGUUUCCAGCAUGGAAUUCUGCCAAAAAAAUGGAAAUGUCAGGAGACGGGGGUUAUUUUAUUUCCUGCUUGUGUUUCUUUUAAUAAAUGAAGUGUCUCUGCAGGAGACCGUUGAGGGUUUUAUCGGAGGCUCUGCUGUUUUACCGUGUUCGUCUGAAGAACAUCAGCUUAAACUUCAAGACAUCACUGUGCAGUGGAGACACAACAGACUUAGUGUAUAUCACAUUAUUGAGGGUAAAGACUCUGUAGAAGCACAGGAUCCGGCAUACAAGAACAGAACUGAAACCUUCCCUGAGGAGUAUCUGAAUGGAAACUUCUCACUCAAACUCUACAAUCUUCAACACACUGAUGCAGGAAAGUACACGUGCUUCAUCACACAGGAUUCAGUGCUGAAAUCUGUCCAGAAUGUUGAGCUUUUGAUUAAAGAGAGACAAAAAAUACACCGUACAAAAAACGCAAAUGAAGGAUCGAACCAAAAACCAGAGAUGAUUGUAAUGAUCAUUUCCACUCUGUGUAUUGGCAUUAUAUUUUAUUUGAGCUGUAAGUACAUUUAGCAAUGUUAACAGCGUGAUCAACAUGUACUUCAUAUUGCAAGUACUGUAGGUGACAACCUCUAAUUAAAUAUUGUAACA